UUGGACAAAUUUUAAAAACUCACCCGCCAUGAUUGUUAUGUUUCUGCACUGAGCUUGUACGUUGCGCUGUCAGGUUUUAGUAAGUAGAGAAAAAAGAAAAGAAAACAAUUGUACCUCUUUGGAAAAAGAAAAAAGAUACCUGAUUAUGGAGUCUCGAUUUGCUCACCUGCGGCAGCGGGACACCAGUGUGUCGAUGCUUAGGGUAAAAAUGUCUCGGAGAAGGUCUCAUUCCCAGAAGGAGAAUCGAGAACGUACUGUGAACACCCGGAGGCAGUUGGAUAAACUCCCAGAGCUGGAAAUGUCCUCCCUGGAUGCCUCUAUUGCAGUGGCCAAUAUGUCAACCAUACAAGAGAAGACGAAAAACAAUGAAAAACCUGCUAAAGCAAAAGCAGUGGAAGAUAGGCUGAAACAGCUCGAGCGCUGGAAGGAGCGGAAGGCUCUUGAGAAGGAGAAAGAGAAGAGGGAAAGGGAACGUAAAGGGGUGUUUAAGAUUGGUCUGUAUCAUCCAACGGGAACCAUUACCUCACUACCUGCUGUCCCAGAUGCCUCAACAAAAAUCCAAGAGAAAAAGGCGAACACGGCUCCAUCCCAAAGUAUUAGAGUCACUCGUUCAAUGAAACAGCAGCAUUCUACCAUAGAAGCACCUGCCGUACGAGCUUUGUCAACCAGAUCUGCCAACAGACCUCCAGUUCCUGUGGUAAAGGGCAAACCUAAGGACAAGACUGCAGUGUCCAAUACAAGAACCACAAGGAGCCGAGCAAAUCUUAAUCCUGUGGCUCCCCUGUCUGGUGCACAAAGGAACUGUAAAGAAGCAGUCAAUGACACUGUCCAUCAUGCUAUCUCAGAGGAACCUGAGCUGACAGAGCCUGAGAUGCAGGACAUUGAGAAAAGACCUAGUCCUCCCAGCCCGACACCAUGUGCUGAGGAAGAAGACAUGGUGGUGGAUCAAUCUCCAGCCAAGCCUGUUUCUGCUGAUCUCGUCCCAUCUACAUCCUCAUUUGCUCCAGAAGAUUUUCUCUUCCAGGCUCCGACUGGCUUGUCAUCCUUCAAGUUUGAGCCUCUCACACCUCGUUCAGCAGACUCCUUCCUUACACCAAGCUCCAGCUUCAACCUUCCACCAGCCCCCGUAUUCAGUGAUGAGCAGAGCAAAUCGUGUCCACCUAAAUCUCCUCUGCGCUCUCCUCCUCAUACCUCUCCCACAGUUGCCCCUCCAAGUCCAGGUGGAUCAGUGGAAACAAAGCACGACGUACCAUAUUUCAGAUCAGAAAUGGCCAAUGAGACAGAGAGACUGACGGGCUUGUCUCUCCACUGGGAGUCUAAAGUGGAGGAUGAGUCCAUCCCAGAAGAAAUGAGAGAUCGCAUGCGCACAGCUGUUGGCCAAGCACGGCUGUUGAUGAAAGAACGCUUCAACCAAUUCAGCGGUCUGGUGGACGACUGUGAGCUAGGCCGAGGGGAGAAGCUCACCACCUGCACUGACCUGCAGGGGUUCUGGGACAUGGUUUAUUACCAGGUCGAGGAUGUCAACAAGAAGUUUGACGCUCUGAAAGAAGCAGAGGAGCGAGGCUGGGUGGAGGAGCACAAGCCUCCACCACGACAGAAGAAAGUAGUGAAGAAACAGCCAGCAGCACCUGCCAAGCCUGCAGGAACUAAUGCAGCAGCUAAGGCUCGUCUGGCUGCCGCAAAAGCAGCCAUGAAAGCCAAAAAGCAGGCAGCUGAGGCAGAGAAGGCAGCCAGUGCUGCUAACACUGAAGACUGUCUCGUCUUGGGCUCUCAGAAUCCACACCCACAGGCAGGGGCUCAAAAGCAGGACACAGUGGUCUUUGAUGGAGGCUUCUUCCAGGUGGAGAGCCCAGCUAAACAAUCAGUUAGGAGAUCCAGCCAUUUAAAUGCUGCUGUGCUGCCUGGGGUCUCUCCCUGCUCCACAUAUCUCUCACCUAGAAGGGUCACCCGGCGCUCCCUUGCGUUGGCUCAGACACCUGUUCAACAUGUUCACACACAUGCACACCUCCGCCUCACUGUCAGACAAACCCCAGAACCAAAGUCUCAGUGCGGCACUCCUCAGGCGACCCAGAGCAGAAGGGACAUUGUGAACAUCUCUAUGGAUUUCUCACCUGUCAAGGAAGUGAUUUCAGAUGACACCCAACCUGACGGAUGCCCUGCACAAGUGUCAGAAAAAGUCUCCACAGACAUUCCCUCUGUUCCACAACUCCUUCCAGCAAUCCUCGAGCCAGCCGAGGAUCUAACUGUUGAUAACCCUGUCAGUCCAGCAGUUCCAGGCUCUCCGUGCAAACAACCUACCGUGCCCCCAGCUCCUGAGCCCUCAUCAGCCCCGAGCUUUACACUGUCGCCCUGUGCAACUCCUAGCCAACCUUCCGUCUCUUCAUCUGCUGUGCAGGGCCUCGUGGAGACUCUGUGUCACACACCAGACAGCACAGUUGUUGAGGAAAUUUCUGGACUGGAUUUUGAGAGAUACCUCCAGUCCUCAGACAGAUGCAGCCUGUCACCAAGGGACACAGUUGCGACAGAGACGCUGUCACCCAUGGCAGUGGAUGUAGCAAUGGAGAGUCCUAGAAGACAACCUAUGAACUUUCUUACUGAGAAAGAGUCUGCACUGCCAGCGGUGUCUUCGGUGUUAACUCCUCACUCACGACAGGUACAGACAGCAAAGUCUGCCUUGCUUCUCUUCACCCCAGACCCGAAGGACAAGAUACGCCAGUCAGUCUGUCCAAGUGACCUCAUGGUCUUCACCCCUCCUAACAUUUAGUAAAGAGACUGAAGAAAGUAAAGAGAAGUGUUUUUUUUGUUUUGUUUUUUUAAAACUUGUUUUAGCAACUUUUUACACAGUUUUUUAUAUUAAAAAAAUAUUUUUGACGUUCUUAGAUGAGUAGAAAAGUUUUCUCACACAAAGUUCUAAUUAAAGUUUUGGUUACAACCAAUAAAGAACUCUGUAUCUAUAUCCAAUCACAAAUGAA